AUGUCGGUAAAAAGUAUAAGAUAUCCCUUUAUCAACCAUAGUACCAUUAAUGCUCAAUAUUCAUUAGAAUUACAAGAACACAUGACAAGAGAAGAAUUUAAGGAAAGAAUUAAUGAAUUUAAUAAAGCAGGAAUUGAAAAUCAAAUAAAUCGUGUAAUUCUUUUACUUCCAUUCAUAUUUAUACUUGUAAUUGUUUCGGUAACGUUACCGUUAGCACUUUUAAAUGCAAAUUUCUAUAAUAGUGGUGGCAAACCAUUUACCAUCUGGAUUAUCACCAUUGUGUCUGUAGUUAUUAGUAUAAUUUUAAGUGUUUCCGUCUCUUAUUUCCUUUUUUAUAAAUCAAGAACUAAACAAUUCUUUUCAAUGGUUGAGAAAUUAAAUGAAUUUAAUGCAAUUGAUAAUCUGAGAGGAAUCAAUUGGAGAAUUAUAUAUGAUGUUGGACAGAAUCCUCAUGGUUAUAAUAAUUUUUACCCCCAUUAUAACUCUCAUAGGUAUCUUGUAGUCGAAAUUGGACAACCUUCCGAAAAUAGGUCACGUGUGCCACAAAUUGUUAUUGAUGAUAGUAAUGUAAACGAUAAUACAUCGUCCAAUUCUUCAAUUCCUCCCCCCACUUAUGACGAGUCCGUUAAAAAAUGA